UAUAACUGCACUGUUGCAGCCAGUCUUGAGUCAGCAGAGAGGAAGACGGAGCACAACAGAGCAAACAAGCUUUCUCUCAAAUACCAGGACGUUUUUCUCCAUGUAUAUUAAAUUCUGCCGCAGUUACGUUGAGGAUAAGAAAGAUGAGGCUGAUGAAAACUUGCAACCCAAGUUAUCGGUUGAACUGGAGGGGAAGAAAGGCAAAGAACCGACUGGAGGAAAUGUGCGUCUGUACCGUGCAGUGUGCUUAUUCCUCACUUUAAUGUGCAUCGUCCUUCUGGUGGUUGUCAUUAUCCUCAGCCUGAAACUGCAAACUGGACCCACAGUCUGCCCGGUGAUAGAGGAAAGUGCAACAGCUAAAGAAGCAGUACCUGCGUUUGCUCCAGGAUGCUCCUUCGAGAACUGCCAGGCCCAGUUCCCAGCUAUUCACAUUAAACAUCAUGGCUGCCGGCUGUGUGGUGACGGGUGGAUAACCUUUGGCCAAUCGUGCUUUUUCCUGUCGACUUUUAGACUGAAGUGGCACCAGAGCGAGCAGAACUGCACCUCCAGAGGGGGAUCUCUGGCUGUUAUUACAAGCAAAGAAGUUCAGGACUUUCUGACACAGAAAGGGAAUCUCCAAUACUGGAUCGGCACCAUUCAAAAAGGCACUGAAUGGACCUGGGUUGACAGCACAAAGCUGCGAGAGAGCUAUUGGGCAGAAGAUCCAAGAACUGGGAAUUGUGGGAUCCUAGACAGCACAGGCCCAUCUGCCAGAAACUGGAUUAGAGCUUCCUGCAACGUCGCCACUUACUUCAUCUGUCAGCUGCAGCUCUUGUAAAAGAACCGCGAGCAAAUCUGUUCCGCCAGCAAGCAUCAAAUUCAACAAUAACAUGCCAAGACUUCUCUUUCCAGUAUCCAGCAAAGAAAUAUAAACACGCUUUUUAGAUAACAGUUGCUAAGUCUGACACUUAGCAGUUUAAUUACUGUAGAUUUUCUUGCAGCAUUGUGUGGAAUAAUUUCUGCUCUAAUAUUUGAUUGUAAAGCUUUGUAAGUGCCUUGCUCCUUUGUUUUGUAUGAUUUUAUUAUCUGCUGUCUGCUUUACAAAUGAAGUGACAGUGAAACUGUUUCAAGAAAGUUUUAUUCUCAUAUAAAAUUACUCAUUAUCUACAUGAUAACAUGAAUCUCUAUUUUUUUUAGCAUAUAUUCCUGCUAGACAUCUUUCAUAUUUCUAUAAAAAUCACAGUCUGUUCUAUGGCAUAAUACUGCGGAAAUAAUUGCACUGUUUACUAUAUUGAGAAAUCAAGAUAGUGUGGUUCUUUCACCCCAAGGUCACUGAAAUUCAGCAAUUCUUUACAUCUACUUAAUAUGUAUAUGACUCAAAGUUGAUGAUAGGAAGGAACUUCUUGGUUAGACGGCGUCUCUCUCUAAACAUAUUUAAUGCUCUGUUCCUCCUCUGGCUCAUCCUGCUCCAUCUCCAAACCUAAAGCGCUGUGUCGAACCAGCUCCCACCAUCCUCCUUUGUUUUUAAGUCUCAGCUUCAAGGGAACCUUGAAGUCAGAAUUUUCAUCUCCCUCCGUUUCCUUUUCAUCCUCUUUGGAGAAGACGUUUACGUAACGCCGCAUCUUUUGCAUCAUGGAGUCAUUUCUUUCCUCAACCCUGCAAAUAAGAUGAAUAAAGAAAAAGUCACACAUGUUUCAAAAUUAA